GGCUUGAAAACCGUAAUGGCGAUGGCUUUUGCUGUGGAGGAGAUCAACAGAAACCCUGACCUCCUCCCCGCUGUGAAACUGGGCUAUCGAAUUUUCGACAAUUGCAUGAGGCUGGACGUGGCGUUCCGAGCUGCCAUGGCUCUUGUCAGUGGAACAAACAAGUAUUCUUCCAUGCACAAUUGCAGCGGCUUGCCUCCCGUGCUUGGCAUUGUGGGGGAUCCUAUGUCGUCCAGUUCUAUUGCCAUAUCAAGUGUUAUGGGGCUGUUCCGUGUUCCAAUGGUAAGCUUCUACGCUACCUGUUCCUGUUUGAGUGACAGACAGCGCUACCCGUCUUUUUUCAGAACUAUCCCCAGUGAUGCUUUUCAAGUGGGAGCUAUCAUGCAGAUCCUGAAGCACUUUGGAUGGACGUGGGUCGGCCUCAUCUAUAACGAUGAUGAGUAUGGCCGGCAUGCAGCUCAAGACUUCCAUAAUGACAUCGCCGCGUUCGGUGGCUGUGUGGCGUUCUCCGAAAUGCUGCCCAAGGGCAUUGACAUGCCGCACAUCAGACAUAUAAUGCGAGUGAUUCAGAAUUCCACAUCACGAGUGAUUGUGGUCUUCUCAUCAGGGUCAUUCCUCAUGCCUCUCAUGGAUGAGGUCAUUCGACAAAAUGUGAUACGGCAGUGGAUUGCCAGCGAGGCGUGGUCCACAGCCAACACGUUUCUCAUCCCGCGCCUGCUCCCUUUCCUCAGAGGCACUCUGGGCAUCGCCAUACGUAGAGGAGAGAUCGACGGAUUUCAAAAGUUUCUGUUGGGCGUCCGCCCUGACAACGACCCUAAAAAUAACAUGGUGAGAAGGUUCUGGCAGGAGAUGUUCAGCUGCAGGUUUGACCCAGCGGAGGCCUCGUCAGAGGCUGAGGGAAAGAUCUGCACAGGACAGGAGGACCUGAGCAAAGCUGACAUGGCGUACAGUGAUGUGUCUGAACUCAGGCCUUCCUACAAUGUCUACAAAGCAGUCUAUGCAUUGGCACAUUCUCUCCAUGACCUUGUGAGCUGUGUGCCAGGGCAAGGUCCCUUUGAGGGGAAUAGCUGUGCCAGUCUUCAUGGGAUGCAGCCCUGGCAGCUACUGCACUACCUACAGGUAGUGAACUUUACAACCGGCUAUGGGGAUCAGGUGUCGUUUGACAGAAACGGUGAUGCCUUGCCCAUCUAUGACGUCCUGAACUGGUACGGGAUGCCGGAUGGGACAAUGACGUCCAAGAGAGUGGGAGUGGUGGAUGAAGCUCGGGCAAAUGGGAAAGUUCUCAGUCUGGACGAAGACCAAAUCUUCUGGAACUUUGAAUCUAACAAACCUCCUAGGUCAGUGUGCAGUGAGCCCUGUCCCCCUGGCACCAGGAAGGCUGCAAGCAAAGGACUGCCCAUCUGCUGCUUUGAUUGCAUCCCUUGUGCAGACGGAGAAAUCAGUAACACCACAGAUUCUAAUGAAUGCUUCAAAUGUCCAAAGGAGUUCUGGUCAAGCCCCAAGAGAGACCGCUGUGUCCCAAAGGAGGUUGAGUUUCUCUCGUAUGAGGAGGCCUUGGGCAUCUCCUUGACAACAGUGUCCAUAUUUGGGGCAUGCGUUGCUGCUGUGGUGCUUGGAGUAUUUGUUUUCCAUCGGCACACACCAGUCGUCCGAGCCAACAACUCUGAGCUGAGCUUCCUGAUCCUGCUUUCACUAAAGCUCUGUUUCCUGUGUGCGCUGCUGUUCAUUGGUCAGCCCAGGACAUGGACCUGUCAGCUCCGCCAUGCUGCAUUUGGCAUCAGCUUCGUGCUCUGUGUCUCCAGCAUCCUGGUGAAGACGAUGGUGGUGAUUGCUGUCUUCAAGGCCUCUAAACCUGAUGGCCAGGGGGCCAUGAAGUGGUUUGGAGCAGCUCAGCAGAGGGCCACUGUUUUUAUCCUCACUUCUCUACAAGUGGUCAUCUGUGUGGUCUGGCUGUCCACUGCCUCUCCCACGCCACACAAAAACACUCACUACCAGAGCUCCAAGAUUGUGUUUGAGUGUGCCGUUGGGUCAGUGGCAGGGUUUGCUACGCUGCUGGGCUACAUAGGCCUUCUGGCAGCCAUUAGCUUUCUGUUAGCGUUCUUAGCAAGAAACCUUCCAGACACUUUCAAUGAGGCCAAGUUCAUUACAUUUAGCAUGUUGAUCUUCUGUGCAGUGUGGAUUGCGUUUGUUCCUGCAUAUGUCAGCUCUCCUGGUAAAUACGCAGAUGCAGUGGAGAUCUUUGCUAUCUUGGCCUCCAGUUUUGGGCUACUCAUGGCCAUUUUUGUCCCAAAAUGCUACAUCAUUCUCCUGCACCCAGAAAGAAACACCAAAAAAGCACUCAUGGGUCGAACUUCUUGAUGACUUUCCUAUCUGUCUGCCAUAAAUAUUCUUGUUCACUUCAAGGUCACAAACAAGAUGUUUAA